GCGGGGCCGGAGAGUGCCUCCCCGUCCCCGUCCCCGCGAAUGGCGGGGACGGGGAUCCCUGCGGGGAUUUUUGACGGGGGGCAGAUUUUGCCCCCCGUCCCCGUUCCCCGCGGGGAAUGGGGAUCCCCGCGGUUCUUACCGUUGGAUGCCGAGAAGGAGUGCAAGCAGAGAGGAAUCCGGCACAGGGCAACAAGCAGAGAGCAAGUCCGGCACAGUGCAGCAAGCAGAGAGCAAGUCCGGUGCAGUGCAGCAAGCAGAGAGGGGCCCGGCACAGUGCAGCAAGCAGAGAGCAAGUCCGGCACAGGCAGCAAGUCCGGCGCAGUGCAGCAAGUCUGGCGCAGUGCAGCAAGCAGAGAGCAAGUCCGGCACAGGCAGCAAGCAGCAGAGAGCAAAACCGGCACAGUGCAGCAAGCAGAGAGGGAGUCCGGCACAGGCAGCAAGUCCGGCACAAUGCAGCAAGCAGCAGAGAGCAAGUGCAGAGACAAAGUUCAGCAGUCAGCAGGACGAACUCCAGCAGAUCUGCAGGCUGCAGCUAAUAGCUUUGACAGCAGCUCAAGGAGCAGAUCUAUAACAGCUCCAACAGCAGAUUUGCAGCAGAUCUGUAGCAGCAAGAAGGGGAGAGGAACUGAGGAAGGUUGAAGGUGAGGUUUGGCCGGCUGAAACAAAGAGUGAGUGAGGGGCUGUCUGCGAGUCUGCGCCGUGAGUGAGGACUGAGGAGAAAGGGAGGGGAAAUUACCAAAGUUAUGAAAUAAGGGUUGGAAGGGGGGUUAAUUAGGGUUACAAGUUGUAAGGAGGAUGUUGGAUUGGGUUGGCCGAAUGGGUUGGGUUGGCCGGUUGGGUUGGAUAUUUGGGUUGGGUUUGAUAAAAUUAAAUUUUUAUU